AUGGAGGUUGACGAUCCUUCCUGUUACAGCCCAGGACUGAAUCACCAGGUCCGAGAACUGAUUGGAACUCAGAUAUCUCUCCCUCAGGUCGUUGUUGUUGGCGGGCAAAGUUCUGGGAAAAGUUCAGUCGUUGAGAGCCUUACCGGUGUUGCCUUGCCUCGCAUUGCUACAUUGUUCAGUCGUUAUCCUACGAAAAUAAUCUGCUGCAAGCAGGAUGUGAAGAGCAUCAAGAUCACUGCAACUGCUAGUACGAGUGCGUCUUCCAACGAGGUGGCCAGUUUAAAAAGGUUUGCUCGUUCAGUAGACGCGGACUUCGACAGCGAGAAAAUGGCCGAGAUUUUUGAAGAUGCCAACAAGGCCUUCGGAGUUGGCCAGGCAGAUUCACGUUCUGCAUUUAGCGAGCACACGCUGAAUAUAGAGAUAUGCGGCCCAGAGAUAAGCUAUUUUAGCCCUGAUAUGCUGGCUCAACCAAGACUAACUGCUUCUGCAAUUAAGCAAAUGCUGAGAGUUCUGCCUAGCAUCCUGGCUGUCGUUCCUGCGAAUCUCCCUUUGGCUACCCAGGAAAUUGUCAGUCUCACGAAGAAGGCCGACGAGAAGGGCGUUAGAGCAAUAGGAGUUCUCACUAGGCCCGAUCUUGCCAUCGAAGAGCAUACGCAAAAAAAAUGCCAUUGGCUGUUGUGUUAUGGAAAGCGAAUUGAGCCUGGGCUAUUAUAUGCUAAGAAAUCGCGGCCCGAAUGA